AUGGCGGGACCAGGAGGACCAGAGUUCAAGCUCGUCCUGUGUGGCGAUGGCGGUGUUGGGAAGACCACUUUGGUGAAGCGCCACUUGACAGGCGAGUUCGAGAAGAAGUAUAUCCCGACGUUGGGUGUGGAGUCUCAAACUGUGGCAGUCCACUGCUUUUGGAUCUAG